AUGAGCUCCUGGAACGUCUCCAUUUCGUCCCACGCGGACCUUAUCUACAACCCCAUCCGCACCGUCUCUGACAACGCGAAGCCGUCGCCCUGCCCGAAGCCCAUCAUCAAGCUGUCGGUGGGCGACCCGACGCUCGACAAGAACCUUCUCACGCCGCCGACUCACGAGGCGGAGCUGAAGAAGGUCAUUGACACGCAGGAGUGGAAUGGGUACCUCCCGACGGUGGGGUCGCUGGAGGCCCGUGACGCCGCCGCGACGUGGUGGAGGAACAAGUUCGUCCACAACGAGAAGCUGAAGAGCGCGAUCGUGAAGGAGAACGUCGUGAUGUGCUCCGGCGGCUCGCACGGCAUCCUCAUGGCCAUCACGGCGGUCUGCGACAGGGGCGACUACGUCCUGCUGCCGGCUCCGGGCUUCCCGCACUACGAGACCGUGUGCAAGGCCUACGGCAUCGGCAUGCACUUCUACAACUGCCGGCCAGACAAGAACUGGGAGGCGGACCUGGACGAGAUCCGGAAGCUGAAGGACAACAAGACGAAGCUGUUUGUGAUCACGAACCCGUCGAACCCCUGCGGCAGCAACUUCAGCCGGAGCCACGUGGAGGACCUCGUGCGGCUUUCGGAGGAGAUGCGCCUGCCCAUGUUCGCGGACGAGAUCUACGCCGGCAUGGUCUUCAAGGGCAAGGACCCCAACGCCGUUUUCACGUCCGUGGCGGACUUCGACAGCACCGUGCCGCGCGUGAUUCUCGGCGGCACCGCGAAGAACCUCGUCGUCCCUGGGUGGCGGCUGGGCUGGCUGCUGUUCGUUGACCCGCACGGCAAUGGCGCCGGCUUCCUGCAGGGCCUGCAGCGUGUGGCGAUGCUGGUCUGCGGACCCAACACGCUUGCGCAGGGGGCCCUUGCCGAGGCGCUCCUCAACACCCCGCAGGAGUACUUCGACAAGAGCGUGAGCCUCAUCGAGGAGAGCGCCAUGUACCUCUACGAGCACCUCCGCGAGUGCAUCGGCAUAGUGCCGACGAUGCCGCAGGGGUCGAUGUACGUGCUGUCGAAGGUGGAGGUGGAGCGGUUCAAGGACAUCAAGAGCGACGUGGAGUUCUUCGAGAAGCUGCUGGAGGAGGAGAACGUGCAGGUGCUGCCGGGCAACAUCUUCCACGCGCCGGGCUUCAUGCGGGUCGUGACGACGCGUCCCAUCUCGGUGUACCGCGAUGCGGUGGAGCGCAUCAAGGCGUUCUGCCAGCGCCACGCUGCCCCGGUGAAGAGCUAA